CAGAGCUGCAUACUAAACGGCAACACGGAGGUGGCGUUGGCACUUGGCAGUCACAGUUCAGUUCCUGUGGCACUGGCAAAGACGAAGGACGUGGCGCUGCCAGACACCAUCGUCCACCUUCCUCCGCCACCACCAUCAACACCAACUCUAUCAAACAAGAGUCCUGUCGCCCAGAUGAAUGGAAAGAACAAAUUUGACGACUUUUUAACGCAUCUCGGCACCGGACCAUGGAACAUCCUCUACUUCCUCACCUCGUCCUAUUGUAUGCUGAUGAUGCCUUUACAAUUCAUCAGCGGAGUGUAUCUUGCACCUGCCAUCAACUACACCUGCCUCCCUCCAGAAGAGAAUGAGAGUGUAAUAACUGUGUCUGAAGACUCCUGCAGUUACACAAGGAUGACGGAGGCCGGGGCGGAGGUGAAGGAAGCGUGCACUGAGUGGGACUUCGAUACCUCCGUCUUCACCAGCACUCUCACCUCGGAGUUCUUCCUAGUGUGUGACAAGAGCAACCUCCGGGCGGCAUUCCAGAGUAUUUACAUGUUGGGCACUUUCUUUUGUCCUCUGAUCGGCGGCUACCUCGCAGACAGGUUUGGACGUAAGGUGGUAAUGGUGGUGACACAAAUCUUAAUCACACUCUUCUCAGUCAUCAUUAUUUUCAUCAAGAACUUCUUCGUCAUCCUGGCAAUUCGUUUCCUCCUUGGCUCCUGCAUCAUGCAUACAUUUUUCGUCUAUGCCUUGGAGGUAUGUGAGGCCAAGCACCGCGGCACGAUGGGUAUCCUGAUGGGGCUGCCGUGGGCUCUAGGCACCAUGGUGUUUGGCGUCGUAGCUUACUUUAUCCGCAGCUGGCGGUGGCUGCAGCUCGCUGUUUCCCUUCCCAAUGUUCUGCUUUUUCCUGCUCUCUACUUCAUGGACGAGUCCCCGCGGUGGCUUAUCGUGCGAGGCCGUCAUGACCAGGCCGUGCAGGUGCUCCGCAAGGCCGCACUCUGGAACCGGGUGACGCUGCAGCCAGAGGCCGACCUUUGCGCCCUCAUGAACGAGGUCCAGGAAGAGUCCGCGACGUGCUCGUCAACGCCAGCCAACACAGACACCAACACCAAGAAAUUCCGACUCACCUGGCCCAAACUGCUCAGUACACGAGCCAUACAAGUCAUCACUGCCGUGGUAUGCAUUGACUUUUUCGUUGUGGCUUUCGUGUUUGAUGGCCUCAACUACAGCGGUGACAUCUAUAGCGCCGAUCCUUUCCUAUACAUUAUACUGAACGGUCUGGUGGAGGUACCUAGCUAUACCCUCACGGUGCCUAUUGUUGGCCGUUGGGGUAGGAGGAUACCCACUGUGGUGAGCUACAUACUGAGUGGCGUCAUCAUCUUUAUGGUCGCCUUCAUCCCACCAGACCUUCCUGCGCUGAUUUUGACACUGGCGCUGGCUGGAAAAGUGUGCAUCAGUGGCGCCUACCAGAUUAUUUACUUGUAUUCCUCCGAGCUGUUUCCGACUGAGGUGCGGAUGCAAGGGAUGGGUGCAGCCAGCGUGUUUGCUCAAUUGGCGUCGACGAUCGUGCCUUUCAUCAUUUCUGUCCUGGGUUCAGCGUUGCCAUGGUUGCCGUCAUUAAUUUUCGGCGUAGCGGGGGUGGUAGCGGGCGUGUUCACAGUGACGCUCAGGGAGACGAAGGACAAGCCACUACCAGACACCAUUGCCGACCUGUCUGGCACCAUCAUCACUACCACGGCGGACACCUCCAUUAUUACCUCCGCAUUGGAAAAUGAUGCUUAGAAAAGGGACAGAGAAGAGGCUCACAUCUGAUACCUCUGACUUCUAUUCCCAGAAACUCACGAUCCUCAUGGAAGGAGUUCUGGGAUUACGUCACAUAUUUUCGAAAAUUAAAAGGAGCUAGAAAAAAAAA